AUGAAAAAGAAGCAUUUCAAAAUUUUCACUUAUCUUCGAGUAUUUGAAGUAAUGGUGGUUUAUGUAAUGGUAAAUCAUUUUUGUGGAUCUUAUUUCAUAGAAUGUGCUAAAAGAGAAGAUGCAAAUCACUCAUGAUUAUCAAGAGUCCCAUCUCCUCAGCCUGAACAAUAUAGGACUAACAGCUCUGAACCCCUUACUAGGGAUACAGUCUAUACACACGCAUUUCAUUGGUCAUCAAUUGUGGUUUCGCAUGCUGGGUAUGGAUGGGUCGUCAGCAAUUCGCCUGCUGAGAAAGCAUAUAACUGCUUUGUCUUUUUAAUAGGACUUUUUGCCUACUCAAUUUUAUUUGGGAGCAUAACUUCACUUGUGGCAGAACUCUGUUCUUCUGAUCCAAAAUUUACAUUCGAAAAUAGCUAUUGGUAUGUUAAAGAUUUUAUUGAUAAAAAGCAGCUAGGCAGUAUUUUUAUGGAAAAAAUAAAUGAUUAUUUUGACUACUUAUUGAGAUCAAGCAAAGGAAUUUAUGAUGAAAAUAUCUUAAAAGAGCUUCCUCCAUCCUUGAUGUCAGAUAUCCAGUUUUAUAGAUAUUCUGAAGUGUUAAGAAUGCUAAUAUCUUUAAAAAUCAAGAUGGGAGCAUUAAUGAGCCUUUGGCAAAAUCAAUCCUCAGGCUUCUGAAAGUCGAAAUUUAUUUGGUGGGGGACCCUGCUAUUGACGCAGGAGAAAAAAGGAAUGAUUUAUUGAUCAUUCUUGAUGGAGAAGUGCGUGUUAUCGAUUUUAAAGGUAAAAAGACAGUAG